CCCAUCUUGGCUCCGUCUUUUUUAUUUUUCACUUUUAGCGCAAAUUGAAUAGCAAUGGGACCGCGGUUGACUAUUGACGAGAAGCGCAAGCGCAUGAUGGACAUAUUCCACGAGUCGCAAGAUGUGUUCCUUCUCAAGGAGCUGGAGAAGAUCGGGCCGAAGCAAAAGGGAAUUGUCGCGCAGACAGUCAAGGACGUGGUGCAGUCACUGGUGGACGACGGCAUGUGCCAUGCCGAGAAGAUUGGCUCAUCAAACUACUUCUGGUCGUUCCCAAGCGAGGCAGCAAUCAAGCGACGCAACAGAAUUGCCGACCUGGAGAAGGAGAUCGCGCAAGUCGACGGCAAGAUCGAGGCAUUGGGGUCAUCGAUUGAGAAGGCGCAGUUUGGGCGUGAGCAGACUGACGAGCGGGCAUCAUUGAUGGAGGAACUGGCGGAGAUCGAGGCCAGGUGGAAUUUGCAGCAGGAGGAGCUGCAGCAGUUCAAGGAGUGCGAUCCGGAGCUGAUGAACCAGCGUCGCAAGGAGACUGUGGUGGCCCAGGAUGCUGCUAAUCGAUGGACCGACAACAUCUUUAUUAUCCAAGGCUGGGCUCGCGACAAGUUCAACAUGGAGACAUCUGUAUUCAACAAGGCAUUUGAAAUCCCAGAUGACCUUGACAGCGUUUGA